AUGGGUUUCUUCUCCGUACGGUGGACCGGGUUCCUCCUGGUGAUGAUCGCAUGCUUCUCAGUCAGCGUGAGGGAAUCCGCCGCCACCGGAGGUUUUCCGAAGCCGCCGAACUGCAAGAUCUUGGAGUGCCCCUCCUACAAGGUCGUAUUCAGCGGGAAGGACUUCGAGAUUAGGAGCUACAGGAAUGCCCUCUGGAUCUCCUCUCCUCCCAUUAACAGCUCCUCCUUCGAGGCAGCCACCGGCAAAGGUUUCGGCCCGUAAGUCUUACUCCCUCCCUCCCUCUCUCUCUCUUUCUCUCUCUCUCUCGGUCUUUCUCCGUGACGCCAACUGAACGGCUGAUGUAUGUGCAUGGCACAGUCUCUUUGCGUAUAUCGAAGGGAAGAACGAUCGCCGGGAGAAGGUGGGCAUGACGGCACCGGUGGUCGUCGACAUCAGCCCGUUUGCAGGGACAUUCGUGGUUCGCUUCUAUUUACCACGGAGAUACCAGAAGAACCCCCCUCGCUCGAAAGAGGUUCGCCCUGAGACAUGGCCGGGGACGCGGUACGCCGCCGUGAGGCGCUUCGGCGGAUUCCUGAAGGACGAAGUAAUCCCUCCUCAGGCUUCGGCCUUGAGGGAGAGCCUCCGGGGAACCCGCUGGGAGGCGGCCGUGAUCUCCCGGCCCGGUGGUCCGACCGCCUACACCGUCGCCGGCUACGACUCCCCCGACGAGCGCAAGAACCGCAUCAAUGAAGUGAUGUUCCUCUUUUGA